AUGGCCGACCCAGCAAAAGAGCCGGGCAAUUGGACGGAGCAUACGCACAGUGAUGGCAGGCGAUACUACUACAACAAGGUCACGAAGCAGUCCAGUUGGGACAAGCCGGAGUGCUUGAAAAAUGCUGAUGAGAAACUGAAUACAACCAGCUGGAAAGAGUACAAGACUGCUGAUGGGCGGGACUAUUACUACAACCCCAUCACCAAGCAGAGUGUCUGGGAAAUGCCUGCGGAGCUAAAGCGCUUGAGGGGGCUGGCCAAGGAAGACGAGAGCGACGAUGAAAAAGACUCAAAGCCGAAAAAGCAGGAAAAGGAGCCGGAGUGGAACACCCCCGAGGAAAGGCGGAACGCCUUCAGACAGUUGCUCGAAGAUCGGGGCAUCAAGAGCAACAUGAAGUGGGAGGAUGCCUUGAAGCUGAUCCAGGAGGACAGGAGAUUCGUGGCCUUGACUGCGGCUGGAGAGAGGAAGCAGUGCUUCGCUGAGUACAUUACUCAGUCCAAGAAGCGUGAGAAGGAGGAAGAGCGCGAGAAGAGGAAAAAAGCCAAGGAUUCCUUCAUUGAUGCCCUGUCCGCCUGGAAGGACUUGAAGUUAACUACCAGGUACAAAGAUUCCGCAGAACACUUCUACAACGAGGAGUGGUUCAAACUCCUUGAGGAAGAUGAGCGGGUUGAAGUUUUUGAUGACUUCAUGGACGAAAACGAGAAGAAGGCCAAGGAAGACAGGAGAAAGAAAAGAAAAGAGUAUGUGGAAAAGAUAAAGGACAUCUAUACAAGCGAAGAGAAGAUCACUGUGCUGAGCCGCUGGCGCGACGUGCAGGACGCACUGCGCGACAACGAGUACUUCAAGUGGCUUUCCAAGCUUGAGGCCUUGACCUCCUGGGAGGAGUGGGUUUUGGAUACAGAAAAGGCUGAGCUGAAGGACAAGACCAAGGCGAAGUACCGCGCUGAACGCAAAAACCGUGAUGCUUUCCGAGACUUGCUGCGCGAGCAUGGGAAGGAAGGUAAGAUCACAUCCAGCACCUUUUGGGGUGACUAUGCCGAGGAGAAUGAUAUAGUCAAGGAUUCUCGGUACAUUGCCCUCAUCGCGCAGCCGGGCUCCACGCCUCAUGACUUGUUUGACGACUACUUAGAGGAGCUCGCAGACAAGUAUGCCCAGGACAAGACAAGGCUGAAGAAGCUUGCGAAGUCUAAGGGCCUAGUGAUCACUCAGAGCUCCACUUGGGAAUGGUUCAAGACCGAACUCAAGGAUGAAGCCGUGUUCAAAGAGAUCUCAGAAGAGGAUAGCAAGGCGCACUUCGAAAGCUUGGUCUCAAAAGCCAAGGAAGUAGAAGAGGAUGCUGACAAGGUGGCAAAGAAGAAUCGCAAGAAGUUUGUGGAGCUGCUGCAGAAGUCUCGGGAGAUCACGGCCAAGACGAGCUACGAGAAAGCUGGCAAGCUGUUGGGCUCAAGUCCCGCCUGGGAGGCCAUGGAGGACGCAACGCGCCGGCAGUGCUUCGACAUCUUUGUCGAUCAGCUGAAGAUUCAGUCGGGCGGAAAGGAGGAGGAAGAGAAGGAGGAGGAAGAAGAGGAGGAGGUCACUACGAAGAAGAAGGAGAAGAAAAAGGAAGGAAAGGCGACGAAGAAGAAGAAGCUAGACGAUGAAGAAGAGAAGGAUCCGCCACCCAAGAAGACAAAAAAGAAAAAGGAAGAGGAGGAUGAAGAGGCACCCAAGAAGAAGGCGCGCAAGAAGUGA